AUGUCUGACGGAAAUCUUGGGAAGCCUGAGCAAGAUUUUACUCCAAUUUGUGAUGUCCAACUGCCCGAGACCGAGGCAUUGGCCGAGCAAGGAAAGUUGGCCAAAGCCUUGGAUCAAUUAUUAGCACUAGAAAAGCAAACGCGACAGGCAGCGGAUUUAGCUUCUUCUACUCGUGUUUUAAUUCACAUUAUUAAAUUGUGUUACCAAUCAGGGGAUUGGAAAUUACUUAAUGAAUAUGUGAUAUUGCUUUCGAAGAAACAUGGUCAAUUAAAACAAGCUACCACAAAAAUGGUUCAAGAAACCAUGACUUACAUUGAUAAAACUCCGGAUCUUAAAACAAGACUUGAAUUGAUCGAUACUUUACGUACGGUCACCGAAGGAAAAAUCUAUGUUGAAGUUGAAAGAGCACGAUUAACGCGCAUGUUAUCUAAGAUCAAAGAAGAUGAAGGAAACGUCAUCGAAGCUGCUGAUAUUCUGCAGGAAUUACAGGUGGAAACGUUUGGUUCAAUGGAAAAGAGAGAAAAAACAGACUUUCUUCUCGAACAAAUGCGUUUAACUCUUGCCAAGAAAGAUUAUACGCGAAUGCAGAUCAUUAGCAAGAAAAUUAAUACAAAAUUUUUUGAUGAUACAGAGCAACAGGAUUUGAAACUUCGUUAUUAUGAAUUGAUGAUUCAACACGCUUUGCAUGAAGGACAAUAUUUAAACGUUUGCAAGUAUUAUCGUCACGUUUAUGAUACUCCAUUGGUUAAGGAGGAUGAAUCAAAGUGGAAAGAAAUUCUCCAGAAUGUUAUUUAUUUCAUCAUACUUUCACCUUUUGAUAAUGAGCAACACGAUUUAUUACAUCGUAUAUACGAAGAUCAUAACCUCACCAAGCUCCCGUUACAUCAGCGACUUAUAAAGAAUUUUAUAACUGCUGAACUCAUGCGAUGGCCAAUCAUUCAACAUUUAUUCGGGGAGAUGUUGAGAAAAACACACGUCUUUUUAUCGGGUGACGAGGAUGGAGAAAAGCGUUGGGAAGAACUACACAAUCGUGUGAUUGAACAUCAAGCAGAAGAUUUUCUUGCAAAACUUGUGGAAUCUAAAACCAUUUAUGCAAAGAUAGACAGACCAGCUGGAAUUAUAUCUUUUGCAGCUCCUAAAGAUGCAAAUCAAGUUUUAAAUGACUGGUCAAGUAACAUCAAUUCCUUAUUAGGGCUUAUAGAAAAGACGUGUCAUUUGAUUACAAAAGAGGAAAUGCUGCAUAGUAUCGCCCGAGUAAAGUGA